CUCUCCUCUGGCUUUGGAAAGAGAACGGUGCCCGAGGAAUAUUUGCGCCCCGCCAAGGCUCAGAAGGAUGAAAGUCAUCACUUGCGAAAUAGCCUGGCACAACAAGGAGCCGGUGUACAGCCUGGACUUCCAGCGCGGCGCCGCGGGGAGGGUCCACAGGCUGGCCUCCGCGGGGGUGGACACCGCUGUCAGGAUCUGGAAGGUGGAAAAAGGACCAGAUGGAAAGGCCAUUGUUGAAUUUUUGUCCAAUCUUGCUCGCCAUACCAAAGCAGUCAAUGUCGUGCGGUUUUCUCCAAAUGGGGAAAUUUUAGCAUCAGGAGGAGAUGAUGCUGUCAUUCUGCUGUGGAAGGUGAAUGACAACAAGGAGCCGGAGCAGACUGCUUUCCAGGAGGAGGCCGAGGCCGAGCUGAAUAAGGAGAACUGGACGGUCGUAAAGACCCUGAGGGGCCACUUAGAAGAUGUGUAUGAUAUUUGCUGGGCCACCGAUGGGAAUUUAAUGGCUUCAGCUUCUGUGGAUAACACGGCCAUCAUCUGGGAUGUCAGUAAAGGACAAAAGAUCUCAAUUUUUAAUGAACAUAAAAGUUAUGUACAAGGAGUAACCUGGGAUCCUUUGGGUCAAUAUGUUGCUACCUUGAGCUGUGACAGGACCCUGAGGGUGUACAGCACACAGAAGAAGCGCGUGGCUUUCAAUGUUUCGAAGAUGCUCUCUGGAACAGGGGCUGAAGGAGAGGCCAGAAGUUACCGGAUGUUUCACGACGACAGCAUGAAGUCCUUCUUUCGCAGGCUGAGCUUCACUCCCGAUGGGUCUCUGCUGCUCACACCAGCCGGAUGUGUGGAGUCUGGUGAAAAUGUAACCAACACAACAUACAUUUUCUCCAGGAAAAAUCUGAAAAGGCCUGUGGCUCAUCUUCCAUGUCCCGGAAAAGCAACGCUUGCAGUCCGCUGCUGUCCCGUCUACUUUGAGUUGAGGCCGGUGAUGGAAACAGACGGACCGUCACAGGGGCCAAUGGUGCGCCUGCCCUACCGCUUGGUGUUCGCCGUGGCUUCGGAAGACUCCGUGCUCUUCUAUGACACCCAGCAGCUCUUCCCUUUCGGCUACGUGUCCAACAUACAUUACCACACCCUGAGCGACAUUUCCUGGUCCAGCGAUGGGGCCUUCCUGGCCAUUUCUUCCACCGAUGGUUACUGUUCCUUCGUGACGUUUGAGAAGGAUGAGCUUGGAAUACCGUUCGUGGAGAAGCCAGAUUUGAGCAUGAGAACUCCUGAUACGGCAAAGAAGACUAAGAGUCAGACACAACAGGGGUCUUCGCCAGGACCCAGACUGGUAGAGGGGACCCCCCCGAGCAAAAUCCAGGACCCUGGCAGUCCCUGCACAGCGCCCCCUCAGGCUAAGCCAUCUGCAGCCCCAGUGACCAAGGACCUGCCCUCUGCUGCUGCCUCCAGGAGCCCAGCACCCGGACCCUCAGAGGAGAAGAGCCCGCCGCCCAGCAGCCAGAACGGGAAAGCGCCCCCACCCCGCAGGGUCACUCUCCACACACUGCAGGCCUGGAGCAAGACGACACCCCGGAGAGUAAAUUUAAUGCCCUUAAAGACAGACACUCCAAGUUCCACACCAGGCACUGUGGUUUCCACCCCUUGCACGGACGGAAUUCAGUCGGAGACACCUGGAGACCCUCAGGGCAGUCCCCCGGAGCUAAAGCGGCCCAGACCUGGGGAGAACAAAGACAGUGAGCAGUGACUGAGCCCUGGAGGAGACCCGUCUUGUGCUUGAGGGCUGCCACGCCUGGGGACUCCUGUGCGCACCGGGAAGGGGCCUGCGCUGAAGACCCCAGACCGGGGCGUCAGACGCUCAUAAACUGAUUUCUGUAACAAGAUGCACAUGGACCGGUUUUCCUCCAGCAAUAGGUUUGCGCUUGUGUUGAGGAUACAGUUUACCCCGGAGAUGUGGACAUUUCAGUAGAGCUGGACCAGCUGAACAGUGUCUGGUGUGAAAAUCCGUCAGGCCUCUCCUGCGAUACUUCUGUGGAAGUGCAGGCACCUCAUGGUGGACCCUCCGAAAGCUGGGACUGGAAAGGGGUUUGUGAAGGUUUAUUCUGUCAGAUUCUGGAGUGUGAAUGGUUAUUAGAUUUAGCUUCUAAAUAGUUGACUAAUUUUUGGAAGUUUGUUACAUUUGCUUUCUGACUUUAAAGGUAAUAAUGCCCAUUCUAAAAAGUUAGUAAACUAGAGUGAAGGAGGAAAGAACAGGGUGGGGGUAGGAACCCCGUCAUCUCACCCCCAGAGGGAGCCCUUGUUACUGUUUUGGCAUAUUUCCCUCUUCACAUUUUUAUUUGUUUUUCUUUUUAAGGAGAGGGUUGAGAUUUUACUUUAGAUACAGUUUGGUAUCCAAAUACAUUCACUUUUUAGAUUGAGUUUUCAAAGCAAGAAAAAGUAACUUAGCAAUUUACGCCCACGCCUCUGCUUUUCGAGGACCCUGGGAGGGUGACGACAGUCAGGGAUUGUUGCUGCAGGAGGCACGGUGAGGUGACCCAGAGGCGGCCAGUGUGGCAGCUGGUGGAGCCCCUGUUUAGGAGCUGGCACUGAGAAGAGAUGUCACAGCGGGAUGUGAAUCAGUGCUUGAUGCCUGUCACUUUGGCUUAGUGAACACGAGCCACGCAGAUGGGAGUGCUACACCCAGGGCCUCCUUCCCGGUCGGACAGGCGUCGGCACGAGCAUGAGCGACGGCCAGGAGCUGCCUGCCAAGCCCCUGCCCGGGGACAGGAGGAGACUAACUCGUCAGCAGCCACAGAGGAAAGAACUGGGGGAAAGCAUCGCUUCUUUGCUUAAUCCACGAACUCGCCUCCCUUUUAGACGGGAAGAUGGCAACAGGGUCAUUUCAGUGCGGAGACCUGGAAGGUGGACGCCUGCGGAGCUGUCACCACGCAGGUGUGGGUCACAUUUGGCGUGGAGAUGUUUUAAACUGCCAGUCGUGUCUGUUUUGACCGGUGGUUCUCAGCGUUAGCUGUGCAUUGAAAUUACUUGAAGAGCCAACCAAAAUAUUGACGCCUGGGUCCCCUGCAGAGGGUCUGGUCUGAUCAGCCUGGGGCUCGGUCUGAACGUCAGGGUCCUUUCAAGCCCCUCGGGUGAUUCUGAUGCGGCCAAGUUGGGAAAUCAAGGGAAAAGGCCUUCCGUGGAAAUGGUCUCUUCUGGUACAUGCUUUGCCCCGAAAGCUCUCGCUUAUUCUGCGCUUCGUCCCUGACUGAGGGGGAAGCUCCCUCACCAGGGCCCCAGGCUGGAGGGUGGCAUGUGGGAGACGCUUCCAGCUCCUCAGGGGAGAAGGGUUGUUUUCAGCUUCUCGAAGCCGGAGUGACGUGUGUUUGAGGUCGUCCCUGUGCAGGCGGGACUGGCCAUGGGCACUCACAUCUGCAUUCGACGGUGCUGUGGACCCUUCUUACUAAAAUAGUGCCCAGGCCCGGGCUCUGAACACUUCCAGUGGGGGAGCAGAGGGAGGGUGGGUGGCCCACCCCUCCCGAGCCUGGGGUCUGGGGGCUCCCACAGCUUCCCUUUUUGUGUUAUUUUGCUGUAUUUCAUUCUCUUCUCCCUCACCCAGUGUAUGUGUGUGUUUGUCCAUCUGUCUCUAUCUUAGGAUGGCUAGACCUUGAACAAAUUACUUCAUCUGAAGAAGUUUGUUUACAGCUCCAAAAACUUGGACUUCACCUGUUUCACAGGGGAGGGGUAAGAGGACAGAAAUGAGAGAUGGGGUUAAGUGGGUGCAGGUAAGCCCGAUCCCACUUCCCCCUACGCACACACGUGCAUGUGCAUUCUUGUGGCCACUAGGCGUCACUGUCCUCACUGCAUCUGCUCAGUAGUAGGGCCUCCUCGGCUUGAAGGUUCUGCAGGCCGCUUAGCCCCUCCUUCCAGUGGUCCCUGUCCCUCAGGCUUGUUCAAGUGGCCUUGGACAUUGGUUUCAGCCCCUGGUGGCCACACCUAGAGGGGAGCAUUGUUCAACAAAUUGGGUGGGCCUCAGCACCUGAAGUCUGGCCUUUGUCAGCACGGACAUGGCCAGCAGAGAGAAAAAGACUAACCUGGAUCCCCUGUAGAAGUCCUGCUUUUUCAAGUUUUGGCUCUGAGAGACCUGUGAAGCAACAAGUAUUGUCCCUUUAAAAGCUGUGGC